CAACCUGGACGCGAGCAACCGCCUCAGUGAUCACACCCACUCCUGUCCGCUGGUCUCUCCUCUCUCCAUUUCUUUCAUUGCUGCAUCUUUCUUCCCUCCCCUGCCCCACCUGACCCAGCCCGCUUUGAUCACGUCGCUGCUCUCUGCCUUGGACGUGGGGUUCCUACGCUCCGCACCCCCCUCCCCCCCCAAGAAGAUCCGGCGCUUGAUCUGCUUCCCCACGCAGGCUCUGCAUUAUUAGGAAUUCUUACCGCCUCCUGCACUUCUUCUAUUCUUUACUGCACGAGCCCAAAACCUUGCUGCACUUCUUGUGGUCAGGGCGUUUCACACGGCUUCCCCGCAAUCUCAACUCGAUCCCAAGCACUCGCAGCCUUUAGCCAUUCUCCUCGAUCUGGCCCACUUCUCCCCACGGAUGCUUUUUGACGACAUGAUGUCGACGUAGGGGAUCCCCCUUACGAGAUACGACCAUGUUCUUCUCUUCGUUUAACGAGCCUCUUUCGACUGUCUUCAAGUUCCAAUCUGCUCCUGCACCGCAAGGUCCGCUCCGAUUCAAGCGAAAAUCCCACAGACUGUCGCCUAAGCGAUCCCGCCCCGUUGCAGACGUUGAUGACCUCCUCUCCGAGUCCAAGAAGAAGCGUAGGCUGCGCCUCUUCUUGAUCACCUCGCGCCUCUCUCAGCCCUUCAGCACGCCGGCAACCCACAUCGUUGAUCCUGGCACGUCCAAGAUCGCCGUAUGGGCCAAGCAACGCAACCUGACCCAGCAGGUCCUUCGAAAGGCUGCCAUCAUGAAUCGUGUGCGCCGAAAGACGCUGGAGCGGAAGGACUCUGGUGUCUCGGUCGGUGAGGAUGAGAAGCGGGAGGUGAGGGAGGCGAUGAUGAGUGACAUGCCAGAUGCCAGAACCACGACCAACUGCUUAGGACCCAACGCUAUCCUUUCUCCAGAGAACGCGGGCUGUGUUCCUUCUUCGACAAGUACGUGCGUGCUUGGUCUCUCCAAUUACGAUGCUCUUGACGAGGAGGAUGACUGGUUCGAACGCUACCAUGGAGAAGAAGAGGGCGACCCAACCUCGUCGGCUCCGACGGAGAAGCAAGGCGCUAAGAAGGAAGAAAAGUCGUACUACAGUGACUGGAGCGCUUCUGCCAUCCAGACAAAGAACGAUUCUGAGAGCGACUCCGAGGAUGAUGAUCCGUUCCACUUCAACGUGCUUUCAUCAGAGCUUGUCAAGGAGAAAAGACCACCCAGCCCUCCUGAAGGUCGCAUUCUAGAGCUCAUCAAAGAGAAGGAGCGUCAGCGUGAGAUUACGGCUGGGUUUUUGCAUUUUGGGUAGUUUGGGUUGGUGUCUGGUGCUUCACAUUCACCUUCCGUGCGCGUCUCGUUUUCGGUAUCCUUCGGAGUUCCUUUUAUCCUCUCUUUGUUAAACAUUUCCUCGCUCAUAAACUGGUAACAUAGCAUUUGGCGACGGCGAAAUCCCUACCAGAGAAAAAAAAUUUUUUUUUUCCAUGUUUUAUUUCCUCGUACGAGCGGCAGAACAAACGCAUUUUCAUGGUAUGACACAAAAUGGAUAUGGACUGGAUAGCAUCAAAACUGGCGCGGAUCGUUGUGAGCUCCAAUAGCUAAGAAAUAUAAUGACAUGUAAUUAUCUUUGACUCCAAGGAACGACAGUUUCAAACGGAACAUGAAGUGAAGAAUUUUUCCAAUAGAAGGGUUUUGGAAGGUCGUUGAAAUAAAGAUAGCAG